AUGAUCAUUAGGGGAGUGGAUGUCCCACAAGGACCAAUGAUAAAAUGCACCAAAGUUUCUAUCACAAGGGAAAACCGCACCUGGGAUUACAUCCCGGAGGGGUCCAUCUCGUUCAGUGACGAGGACACCGAGGGCAUCAUCCAACCUCACAAUGAUGCAUUAGUAAUAGCUGUAGUCAUCAAUAAAUCUCGAAUUAAAUGUGUGUUAAUUCAUCCAGGUAUCUCGGCCAACAUCAUCCGAUGGAGGGUCGUAGAGCAAUUAGGAUUAUUGGACCAAAUCGUACCGGCAGUUCGAGUAUUAAACAGGUUCAACAUGGCAUGCGAGACGACAAAGGGUGAAAUAACCCUACCAGUAAACACUAUCGGGACCACCCAAGAAACAAAAUUCUACGUGAUCGAAGGGGAUAUGAGAUACAAUGCCUUGUUCAGAAGGCCAUGGGUUCACGACAUGAGGGUGGUGCCUUCAACCCUACAUCAAGCAUUGAAACUUCCCACUCCGGAAGGAAUCAAAACGGUCUACGAGGAACAAUCAACCACAAAGAAGAUAUUCGUUAUCGAGGAAGUAAUCUCGGUGCCCGCGGUCUCGACAUCAAAAAGUAGGGGACUAGUCGAAGAGAAGAAAACCAAAUAA